UUCCCGCUCCCGCCCCGCUCCCGACACAGUCCCGCUCGCGGUCCCGUCUCGAGCGGAGGGGCAGGAUGUGCGAUCCGGCCGUGUCCAGUUUCCUCACCCAGACGCUGUGUGCCCAUGGCGGGCGGCUGGGGUUGCAGCAGCUGCAGGAGAACAUCGGGCUGUCGACACUACAGCUGCAGGACACGCUGUCGGCGGCGGGCCCCCGGCAGUUCCUGGUGCUGGAGGGCGGCCUGGCGGUCCUUGCCGUGACGGACGUGCGGGUCUGUGUCCGCAAGGAGUGCGACGGCUGCGAGCGGCUGCACCUCUGCAAGCUGUACCUCAUGGGCAGGUGCUACGUGAGCUCUUGUAAGUACUCGCAUGACAUCAUGAAUGUGGAGAACAAAAAAGUUCUAAAAAAACAUAAUUUGUCUGGCCUCAGUGAGAAUGAGCUGCAAGUCCUGCUUCUCCAAAACGAUGCAUUCUUCCUCCCUGAUACCUGCUCCUUGUACAACAAAAAAGGUCACCACUGUAAGCAGCAAAACAACUGCAACAAGCUUCAUGUUUGUCGACACUUUCUCCAUGGGAAAUGUAAAUUUCCUCGAUGCAUAAUGUCCCAUAACCUCUUGGAUGACCACACAUUGAGAGUGUUGGAAACCGGAGGCAUUGACGCGAAGAUAGCUUCAAACUUCCAAGCUAUAUAUGAUUACAAGCAUAUCGAAUUCAACAGGGAACCGAGGAAGGGGUAUGUACUCAACUACAGACCAUUAAAUGAUCAUUGGAAAAAGCCAGCAAAAGAACCAAAGACAACUUUGCAAACAGUGCAAACCAUGCUGCAUGUGCCACCUUCCGAAGGUAAAUACCUAGGUCCCAGUAGCACCGUACCUGCUCAGAACCAAGACCAGUUGCCAGCAGGAGCAGGAAAUAAAGAUAAAGGUCCCAGUAGCACCGUACCUGCUCAGAACCAAGACCAGUUGCCAGCAGGAGCAGGAAAUAAAGAUAAAGGUAAAAAGGACAGUUCCUCUGAUGAAGCUUCAAAGGACAAGAAAAAAGAUAACUGUGAUGAGAUCUGUUUAUUCUAUGUCUGGAAGUACUGCAAAAACAAGGAUAAAUGCAAAUCUGUUCAUUACCGUUUGCCAUAUAAAUGGGAGAUACAUGAUGGGUUGGACUGGCAUGAACUUCCCAUGAUGGAGGAAAUUGAAAAGGCAUAUUGUGACCCAACGAACAGCAGCUUGCCAAGUAGGAACAUAAAUUUCCAGACAAUGACCUGCUCUUCUUCUUUGGUUCGACGCCUCUCUACACCAUCAUCAGUCACAAAACCAACAUUCGUACUGACCACACAGUGGAUUUGGUACUGGAAGAACAACCAAGACAAGUGGAUUGAAUAUGGAAAACAGGAAGAAGAGAACAGUGUGACCUCACCAUCUUCUGCUAUUAUUGAGAAUUUGUAUCAAGCAGAUCCAUGUGCUGUUGUACGUUUCCCAGGUGGCGAACAUCAAUAUGAACUCAAUUUUAAAGAAAUGACUCAGACAAACACUGCUUUUAAAACUCGAAGACAGGUCUGCAGGCGACCAAAAUUUGUGUCUUCUGAAGAUGUGCAUAAGAUAAAGACAGGCCAAGGGGAUUCUUCUAUUCCAAAUCAGACCUGCCCUAGUCACUGGGAUGCAUCUGCACUGCCUGAAUUGGGAUACAAGGCAGUGGUGAUCAGCAAUGCAACCUCUGAAUACAAUGGAAUAAAGCAGCAGUUUCAUCAGACUAUGAAAAAUUACAGCAUCCUUAAAAUACAGAGGAUUCAGAAUCCAUCCCUCUGGAAGGUGUUUCAGUGGCAAAAAGAGAAGAUGAAAAGGGAAAAUGGAGGAAAGGAAGUCCAGGAAAAACUCCUGUUCCACGGAACUGAUGUCACCUCCAUGAAAACGAUCUGCACUCAGAACUUUGACUGGAGAAUUUGUGGAAGCAAUGGAACUAACUAUGGGAAGGGAAGUUACUUUGCUAGAGAUGCUCGCUAUUCCCACACCUACUGUCAGGCUACGCCACAGGGACACAUGAUGUUUGUGGCUCGCGUUCUGGUUGGAGACUACGUUAAAGGCAACGCAACCUAUGUCCGUCCCCCAGAGAAGUGUGCUGACAAGAUGUGGUUUUAUGACAGCUGUGUGGAUGAUGAGUUAAAUCCUUCUGUUUUUGUUGUCUUUGAAAAACACCAGAUUUACCCAGAGUACAUAAUAGAGUAUAAAGAGGAGAGAAUAAGAGAGCAGAAUGAGGUGGGAAUAAGAGCAUACAGAGAGGCGGGAAUAAGAGAGCAGGAAGAGCCAGGAAUAAGAACAUACAAAGAGGCAAGAAUAAGAGCGUAUGGAGAGGUGGGAAUAAGAGAGCAGAAAGAGGCAGGAAUAAGACCAUACAAAGAGGCAGGAAUAAGAACAUAUGGAGAGGUGGGAAUAAGACAGCAGAAAGAGGCAGGAAUAAGACCAUACAGAGAGGCAGGAAUAAGAACAUAUGGAGAGGUGGGAAUAAGACAGCAGAAAGAGGCAGGAAUAAGACCAUACAGAGAGGCAGGAAUAAGAGCAUAUGGAGAGGUGGGAAUAAGACAGCAGAAAGAGGCAGGAAUAACAGCUUAUGGAGAGGUGGGAAUAAGACAGCAGAAAGAGGCAGGAAUCAGAGAGCAGAAAGAAGCAGGAAUAAGAACAUAUAGAGUGGAGGGAAUAAAAGAGUGUAAAGAGGAGAGAAGAAAAUGUGUUAUAUCUUAGAGGUACAUGGCAGUUUGUAUCCCUCUUCUUUCUUUUUAGUACAGUUCUUUGGGAUGUUAAUCCAAACAAAUUUUGCAUUGAGGAGGGCUGGCAAAGCAGAUGUUACGUUCGUUGCAAGUGCCUUUCUUCUCUUCCUCUUAAAUGAAGCAUAGACAUUUCAGUAAACUUUGAAGGAAAAUCAGAAUUGUGGAAUGGGAAAUUGAAUGUUAUGACUGCUGUGGGCAAAUAAUUAUAAAUGCAUAGUCUAAAAAAAUAGAAUUUCUUUUCGCAAACAGUUAAAAGAAAAAUUAACAGUACAGUAGUUUUUAAGGAAGCUUUCUGGUUUUUAGUAGCCAGAGAUUCUUUUUAGUGCAAAAUUCAUCUGUUCUUGAUCCUCUCAUCUAUCAUUAUUAUAAACAAUUCAGUGUAGGUAAUGACUUGAGUUUGUUUUCAAAGCACUGCUUGUUAAUGCUGGUACAUGUUUCGAGUUAAAACGGUAAACAAAAAAGAAAAAGCAUAUUUUAAAUCCAUAUUGUUAGUCCUCGAUAAUUUUCAUCUGUACAAUGGCAGAUGGAACAGAAAGUUGUUGAAUCAGAUUCUUUGUGGAAAUUUGCAGUAACUUGCUGUAACCUAUACAAAAGCAGAGCUCAACUGAAACUGAAAGCCACCACAUGUGAGUAAGCAGACACCAAAAUUUGGUGGUUCGGCUGCAACUAAUGUCUGUAAGGACACAAAGGCUGUGUCCCAACAAGCCAGGCUUUCCAGUGGAUGUAGCUCUGUAGCGCAAUAGGACAGGAGAAACUUCUUAAGGAGCAUAGAGAUACUCUGUCUUGUUUUUGCAUUAAUUUUCGUUUUUCCAGACAUAGAAUGGGACUGAAAGAGACCAGUUAGGUUCUUUCAAGGCCAGUGAUAGAACUGCUGUCCUAAGGUACCAUCUGCAUGUUCUGCUGCCCGCUUGCGUGGGGCAGGGUGCUGACAAGCGAGGAUCCUCUUUGUGUGUGGGUGAUCCAGGGUCAGAAACCUGUGCAGUUUCUAUUGGAUGUUACUGGAUGUAAGUGGAUCAAACUGAAGGCCCUCUGUACAAAAUGCCAUAUUCAGGCUGUUUAGCUGUUCAGAGUGAAACUGUGAGUGAGGACAGAGGAACAUAUUUUUUACCUUCAGAUAAGCUUUACAGAAACAUCAACAGCAUCUAAGGUUUUUGCAUAUGUAAUACAAAUAUGUCAACCACUCAAAGAUAGCGCUUUCUUUCCAAGAACAGAAAAGAUAAAUCCAGAAAAUCUUAUUAAAACUACUUAGAACUAAAUGAAAACAUGCGGGGAAGAUUUUAAGACUUUGUAAUACCUCUCUUUCUCUUCUUUGCCUGUUGAGUUCCUGAAUUACUAAGCUUGUUGUACUUGCAAAUAAAACCUGUUUUCAGGCA